CUUGUCAACAUCGCACGUACUAUGGGGCUCGGCGUCGACCCUGAUCUCACACCUGGCAAGUAUGGCCUGUAUGAGAGCGAGGCGCGUCGGCGGGCAUGGUGGGAUAUUUGGUGGUGGGAUGCAUAUACGUCCACUCUAUCUUCACGUGCUCCGCUCAUUCCUCUGCACGCGUUCAGCACCCGCCUGCCGCUUGAUGUUGACGAGGAAGUGUUCACGUCCGCGUGUACGUCUGCACCCCUCCUAAGCCCGACGGGCAAAGAGGGCGUGGGAAGGUGGUUUGGGAUGAGAGUAAGACUCGCGCAGCUCGUAAAAGACAUCAACUGCCGCACUUCCUUACUAUCAUCUCUCGAACAACCUUCAGCCCUGUUAUCCCUCGAGCACGCAUCCCAAUGCGAAACCGAGAUCAAGCAAUGGCUAUCAGAUCUCCCACCCGCAUUUCGGAUGGGAAACGAAGGUAUGGGCGAGGAAUCAUGCGUGCCUCCUCAGUCUAUGGCGCUGUCAUCCAACGCAAGCCAUGGAGGCACACCACCGACGCUCCUUGCUCAGCGUCUCGACAUAUUGAUGACGACGCAUAGACUGGCUAUGGGGUUGUACCUCCCGUCCUUACGUCCCCAUUCGUCCCCGUCAUCCCAAUCUGACUCUCACUCUAAUGCGAGACGUGAAACUAGCCCGCAGAUUCAUCAAGCACGCGUAGGCGCGCUCACAGCUGCACAUGGAGUCAUCAGAGCUGGGAGAGAUUUUGUCGAGCUUGCGUGUACGCGGCCUGAUUUGGUACGGAGGAAGGACGGGCUUGGAUUAAGUCUUUGUUGCAGCCUCGUCUAUGAUGUUCAUUCAGGUAUACUAUUUUUCGUUCCCUUCUUCACUUCAGUUUUCUGA